GCAGAAAACUAGAGCAUCUAUUCAAUACAGUACCUGUGUCAACUAGGUCAGUUUCAUUGUUGUGUGUGUAUAGUCUUGUCACAGACAAGAUGAUUUAAACAAAAGAUUGGUAGAAUGUGGUUACACUAUAAGAGGCAACAGCAGAGAAGUGGCCUCAUUUAUUGGAGAACUGUGGAAGAUUGCUGUGUUUGGGUUUCCAGGUGAGUGAUAUUUCUCACACAAUGUCAAGAUGCAACCAGUCUACAUAAGAAUAAUGCUGGUAACAACAAUGUCUGAGUGUUUAAUAUUGAAACUUCAGCUUGAAAGUCACAUUAGCAAGGUCUUCCAGGUCAUCAUGAAUUGUAUCGUUCCCAUGAGUGAUCAUGUUGCUGAGACGGAUGCAUGGUAGAUUAUCUGUCCAAUGAAGCUGCUGAACGUCUAUUUGUGUUUUUACAGGUGAGAGAUAAAAAGAUGGUUCCGCUGAGAAGAUCGGUGUUGCUACUUUUGGCUUUCUUUGUUACAGAGGCAUUCACAGCCAGGAUUAUUGGAGGUUAUAAGGUCGUGCCGUACUCCAUCAAGUUUCAGGCUUCCCUUCAGUAUAGAAGAACCUUGCAGAAGAAAUGGCAGCACUACUGUGGAGGAACACUGGUGCAUCCCCAAUGGGUGGUGUCUGCUGCCCACUGCUGGAGGCCGAGCAAUGCAAUGAGGGUGAUAUUAAGUGAAGACAAACUGACUGCAACAGAAGGAUUUGAGCAGAUCUUCAAUGUAUCCAAAAUAUAUGUCAACAAGUUUAACUACAGGACAUUUGACAAUGACAUCAUGCUUAUCAAGUUAAGCGAACCUGCACAGCUUAACACCAACGUCCAACCGGCCAAGCUGCCAGAUGUAAACAGCUCUCCGCUCCAAGAUGGCGUCUGCAUAGUCAGCGGGUGGGGUAUGACGUCACUGUACAGCUUCAUCCUUUCCCCGGUGCUACGAGCUGUGGAUGUCACCGUCAUACCUUACUGCACCUAUUACUACGGGGGCAUGAUCACUUCAAACAUGUUGUGUGCUGGAUCUCAAAUGGGGGGCAAAGAUUCUUGCCAGGGUGACUCAGGUGGUCCCCUCAUCUGCAAUGGCUACCUGGAGGGCAUCGUGUCAUGGGGUAUCAGCUGUGCCAACCCCUACUUCCCAGGAGUCUACACCAGAGUGAGGAACUACGUGCCUUGGAUCAACUGGUUUAUUGAAAAUGACAAACCAUAAGUAGACAGAGUUGAGUUGGAUACUGAGGUCAAUAAUAAUUUGUCAGUCAGGGGCAGUGGCGGUUCUGGCUUGAAAGAUGCCCUGGGCGGACCGAAGUGUGGCGCCCCCCAACAAAGGCAAUUUUUUAAAAAUUGUAAAAUAUAUGUUUUGAGUUAUACAUUGCCACAAAAGCCUACAACAUGUAUUAAUAAAUAAAAA